CAGGCAACCUGACGACACAAGACCUUUACAGAAAUCCCGUUCCCGCAUGCUCUUUUUGUUUCACUUUUUUUUAUUCGUUUCAUAAGAGUGGAAGAAACACCUUAGCUCUUAUUUUUUAUUACCCGCUUUGCCUCUUUGACUUCUUAGCAUUCGCUAAAUGGUGCAGUGACUUGAAGAACUCUGGAGUUAACCAACCAAGUGCAGAUGAUUAUAUUAUUUUUUGUACGCAUUGUUUGUGUUUCUUUUUUGUUAUCCACACCGUAGUGUUGUGGGUGGGCAGAGUGGAUACCUUAACAUUCUGCUGGUGUAUGCAUUUGCGACCGCAAUUCUCUUUGAAGUGACCAUGACUGUCCGUUCGUUCCUCAACUCCCAAGGUGAAUCAUAAGCAUCCAGAAACAAGUGCAACAAGAGUGCGAGAUUUGUAGUGGGUGACUAGUAUUUUGUAUUUUAAAAUCUUCAUAGGUAAUCAGUGAUAACUUUCUUUUGACUGCACCAAGACUAAGUGAAUAUUUCGCCGCAAAAUUUUAAUAGAUUUGGAUUAGAAAUAUAACCAAUUCCAUAAUUUCGAAUAAUAGUUUGUGAAAACGUAACAUUUAUCCGUGUAGUGCAUGUAGAAAAUUAUAAUUAUCCUAUUUAAACUCCAACCGUUGUUUUCGCUAAUUAAAUCUUGAGACGUCCGAAACAUAAAUACUGAAGUAAAGCAAAUACUCUGCGACAUUAAUUUACUGUGCUUAAUCUAACGGCAGAUGGAAUAAAGCUGGUAACUGCAUUGAAAGUUUUAAAAAUAAGGCUUAUAUUUAAAUCUUUUAACAAUAAUUAAUUAAUUAUAUUAGUUUCCUUUAUCGCCGGUUCGUAUUUGUUUAUAUUUCAACAUUUUCAUAUUAUAUUUUCCCAUGCAAAAUUCUUUUACGUUUACAUUCCGUAUAUAUUCCGUUUAUAUUCCGUAUAUAUAUUUACAUUUCAAUAAUUCCGUAAUUUAUGGAAACUGAAAAAUCCUCAGACAAUAAGUCAAAUAAUUAGUUUGGUAGAAUUUAAAAUUGAAUAUAUAAAAUUGCGUAAGGCGUUUAUAAAAUCUAUCUCUUUCCUAAUUUAUAUUUUUCUGUUAUAUUUACAACUGUUUUUAAAUCGAAUUAUUUCAAAUUAAAACUGUUGCAAAAUAAGAAAAUAUUAGGCUAAUAUUUGACACAAUUUCACAAAAUAACAUUUCAAUUAUUUAAGCUGUUUACUUCAGAUACGCAUUUUAGUGUAUUAAAAUUUAAAUUAUUUAUAAAAAGUGGAUAAUUUCUUCAAAAUCAAUUAUUCCCCCCGCCAUCUGGAACUAACUAUUAGAAACCGAGCACCAAUAAUGCAAUCUUGAGGACUUAUAAAACGAGGAAAAUAAUACCACGAACACUAAACGUACCGGACAUAUCAAAUAUCAAUUCACUGCUACAUUAAUCUUACAAUUAAAGUUUGCUAGAAGAGAUAAUAAGAGUAACCCUAUUCUACAGCAGCUGGUAUUAAAAGCGGUUGUAAAAUAAAUCCGAGACAGCAGUAUACUGACAUGUAAUUAAAUUUACUAUCUCGAUAAUGAAGGAUACUUCAAAAGUCCGCGGAUCAGUUUCAAAGGAUAUUUUAGUUUCUUCGUAAUCAUCAGAACUUGCUUGUUUAUGCUCACAUCUGUGCUUUUCCUAAGAACUUCAGAAUUGGAAUCCCGUUGUAUCUGAUUAUGGACUCUACAAAUUUUUUCAGUAUAUUGAUACAUCUUGCAUGGAUUUUGGCGGUCACCGUUAUGAUGUUAUUAGAGAAGACGAACGGUCAGAGCUGUGGGCCCAGAGUAAGUGCUCGGCUUCUCGCCGAGAUUCCAUGUGACAUGAGUAAAACUGGCUAUUGCAGUGCUCCAGGAAGCGCAUAUCCAUGGAGUUCCGUAAAGCGUUACAUCAACGAUAAUCAAGGCCUCGUGCGUCGCAUGUAUGGUGAUGAAAGACACAGUUCGGUCCUGAUGCAUGAAAUUGAUGGUUUCAGAAUGAAGUUUGAUAUGCUUCAAGCUGCCUUUAAUGCUCCUUAUAGUAGGACAGAGUAUGGUCGUUCUGCCAGGAGCAGACAAAGACCGACACGUCGCCAACCUAGACCCCAAAUCUUUCCUGACGAUCCAGAAGAGGAAGAAGAUUUGAAUCCAUCUAACUCUAGAGAACCUGCCACAAUUUUCAGAGUCGUCACAGAGACUUCCAUCAAAGUGGGGGAAGCCAUCACCCAAGCUAUGAAAGCCGAAGAACAGCGAAUGACUUCUCAAGAAACCGUUGUCUCUUAUGAGCCAGCUUCUGAGUUUGAAACCCCUACUACUGACAGCAUUUCUAGUACCACACAAACAGCCACCACUAUGACAGAUGGUACUACAACGACCGCAACAACGACCACUGAAUCUACUUUUGAGACUCGAUUUUCCACGGAGACACCAACCACAGCAGAAAACAGUACUACGACACCUUUCGUUGACGUCAGUGAGAAAGUCAGUGAACCAGAUAAUCCUGUAGCUAUGGAACGUAUUGGCUAUCCAGACUAUGGCGAAGACUAUGGGUUUGAACCUAGAAGGAAGCUGGAUUCCGCCGUUCUCGAGAAUAGUGUGGAAGAGAAAAUCGUUGACAAAGAUGAAAGCGGCAUUUCGAAUGCUAAAAGGACAGAUACUUCAAAAUUAAGUAAUGACGCUAAAAUCGAUGGGGAUCUAGUUAUAGAUUCAACAGAAGAAGAAGAGUCACGCGAAGAAAACGAGGCAGAUUUGGAAGAAGAGGAAGAAAAGGAAGAGGAGGUACCUCGAAGGGGAAUAAAUGCAUGUCCUGUCAAAAACGAAGUCAUUGCUCCGUACUGGGCCAACAACACCAGAGGAGAAACUCUAGCACUCCUGAAUGUUCAUCCAUUCGAACAGUACGUCCAUUUUGAGAAAUGCGCGUUCGAGAACCAUCAGAUGCUGUGCCGCGAGGGCUGUCGCUGUGAGCAACAGUACCGUUUGCACCGCUUACUGGCGUUCGACCCAAAGAAUGAAUGUAGGGGAAUAUUUUCGGACUGGUUUCGGUUUCCAUCUUGUUGUGUUUGCAUUUGCUACGACUUAACGCCUGACAUUCCGCGCACGCGCAGCAGAAAAGGGCGCAUGAAGUAGCGCCGUAUUUUAAAUGUUUGUGGAAAUAUCCUUCACAUUAUGCUGGCUAAACUCAAAUGCAGAAAUUCUGAAAAUGGUGAACUCAUCUGGAGAUUUCCUAUAUAACACAGAGUUCCAGAAUAAAGCAUCGCAACACUCUCAUAUCCAACUGAAUGCCUCAUGUCUGACUCAUGAAUAAAUGUUACCGUUCUGCACAUCUUGAGCUUUGCCACUGUAAAACUUCAAACUUUAUUGCAGUGACUGUAACGGAUGAACUGCUGGUGAUAUGUUACUGGGAUGAAACAUUGCUUUCAUGUAUGAUGUUCUGUUGGUGAUGUAUUUAGACUUAUUGGUGAUUUAUUUAGAGCUUUCAAUACUUGAAGAAACGCAAGUCGAGAGAAUUUGUUAUUGCUAUUUGUGAUAAAUGUUACUUAUAUUACCUCUACUUUAGAAUUUAUUGCUGUUUAUUUAUGAUGUUGCUCCAAUCGGCAAUCAAACAGAGCUCACAUAUGUAAAAGAUCCAAUUACUGGAGACAAAGGCCAAAGUGCACUUUUCCUUUGGCGGUGCGAUGUUUUGUAUCUGUACCACAGAUCUCGUUUCUAGCCUAAGCCUCUUACAAGUACAUUGAGGCAUUUGUCGCGCAAAUAUACACCAUCCUCUUUAAUGUACCACAUUAUGUUUGGGCUACGCGGGACUUGACGUCGAAAGGGACAAUUCUCAGAACCAACACUUUCCAAGAAAACCACGUAGCUAGGUUACCAUUUUCACUUACUAAACAGACUUGAACGACAAACAGUAAUCGAUUAUCGCUCAGACUGAGAUCACGUGAUCCUUAAGAAGCAGUGGUUUCGCCUGAUUGGUUGAUCUCUUCCAGGGACAGAGCUCCAGCCGAGACAUUUUCGGUGAGGUUUGAAAAUAUCCUGCGUACCUGCUACAUCGUUUCCGUGGCUAGGUAUGACUUCGCUUCCAGUGGGGCUCUUUUUUCCAGGAAUCCUCCCGUUUAAACCGGUGCUACCAGAAUCUCGUUUUUCAGAAAAUUCCCUUCUAGCAGGAUCUGUCGCGAUAUGCGAUAAGCCCUUAAAAGACUUUGCCACCAGAUGACGGCGGCGAAGCCGAGUUCCCAAUAACGUAUUCUGGAUUUUCACUUAUUUUAAAAGAAACUAAACGACUUUAAAUGGAUUCUACAGUUUGGAUAAAAUGAAAGCAACUUUAAAUGGAUUCUUCAACUGCAAGACAUGAUUUCCAUUGUGCAAGCGUUUUAAUACUUCCAGAAAAAUGUAUUACGUGGCACCUCAUUUUUAACUACCAUAAGCUUUACUUUAGACGCAUUUUUAGAUAUUUAUAAAGAUAAAACGAAAGCGAGACACAUACAUGCAAGUGAAACAACAAAAAUACCCUGUAUACAAUUUUUAAAAGUAUACGUAGAGAGAUGGGGACAGAAAGGGAACAUAUAACGAGAAUUUUCAGUAUUUCACCCUAACUGGAUACUAGACGCUUUGUUGUGGACACAGAACUUUCGAAUAUGUGCUUAAAAUUUAUAAAGGUCAAUUAUAAAUUUGUGAUUUAUAUAUUUAUUUUACUUAUAUAUCAAAUAAGACUGAUACAAAUAAGAAAAUGCAAUAAAGAUGCAAUUAUUUAUUGAAUUAAUAUAUGAUUUUGAAUUAUAAGAAAGAAAAUAUGUAUUUAUUAUUCUCAUAUAUUUAUGUUUCAUGUACAUAAUAUUAAAUAUUUUA